UUGGUAGCACGCAAUUUUCCUUGUCAAUCCCUCUACCAUUGGGCAGAUGGGCUGUCCCUUUUUCUAACCCCCUCCAUCUCUCUUUUAAGUACUCUCCCAAUUCACAAAGCUACCAUUUUUUCGUUCUCUCUAAUACUCACAAAGCGUAAAAUCCCACUAAAAAUCCUUCAACUACUUAAAGCAAAAACCUUUCUCUUCUCUUUCUUCAUUAGAGUCUUACACAAAAAAUCGAACCAUGGCGUCGAGAAGAAAACAGAGGUGGUGCCCUCAGCCCCUCACCCCUCUAAUGGAAGGCCCAGAUUUGGAGAUGGAGGAUGUUGACGACGGCGCCAAAAAGGAGAGCUCUUGGGAGGCCAUACGCGAGUGGUUUGGCUUACACAAAAACGCACCCAGCAGCUUCUCGUCGGCGUACCAGAGACAAGACCUCAGGCUCUUGCUCGGCGUCUUGGCCUGCCCGCUCGCCCCCAUUCCCAUCCCAACCAACCCCACUUUCAAUCUUCAUAUCAAGGAUAUCCCUAUUGAGACGUCAGCCGCGUAUUAUAUUAUCCAACAAUACCUAGCGGCCACCGGGUGCUCGAAGCAUGUGGGCCCCACUACUAGGAACAUGUACGCAUCGGGGAUGGUGAAGAUGGUGAAGUGUGAGACGGAGGUGUCGAGUGGGAGGGGCGUACGGACGAUGGGUGCGGGUUCGAGGUCUUCUGGCGAGACAGGUUGCUUCGUGCUUUGGCGGAUGUCUCCCGAUAUGUGGUCGCUUGAGCUGUCGGUUGGCCGCACUAAAGUGGCGGCAGGCAGCGACGGGAGGACCGUGUGGCGGCACACACCUUGGCUUGGUGUGCAUGCGGCUAAGGGGCCCCAACGGCCUCUACGCCGCAUUAUUCAGGGUCUAGACCCAAAAACAACAGCGGCCCUAUUCGCAAAGGCCCAAUGCUUGGGCGAGAAGCGGAUCGGAGACGACGACUGCUUCGUCCUCAAGGUAGCGGCCGACCGAUGUGCAGUGGCAGAGCGUAGCGAGGGCCCCGCCGAGGUAAUACGGCACGUGCUCUACGGUUACUUCAGCCAGCGCAGUGGCCUCCUCGUGUACAUGGAGGACUCGCACCUUACGCGGGUCCACUCCACAGACGAUGCCGUUUAUUGGGAGACGACAAUUGGGAGCGGAAUUGGGGAGUAUCUUGACGUGGACGGUGUCCUUAUUGCCCACGGAGGGCGCACGGUGGCCACCGUGUUCCGGUUCGGGGAGACGUCGGCCGAGCACACGAGGACACGGAUGGAGGAGAUUUGGCGGAUACGGGACGUUGUGUUUGAUGUGCCGGGGCUUUCGGGGGACUCUUUUAUACCGCCCGCGGAUGUAUUUCACGCGCCCCCAACUGCUGUGUCCCCCUGAUUUGUAUAUUUUUUUUUUCGGAAAUUGGGGAUGAAAUUAAUGGAUGGGAAUGGAUACCACGUGUAAUGUAAAUGGGUGAUGCGCUAAUUUUCUUCCACACUGCAUGCUCUUCCUUUUGAUGACGAUUGCACGUUAUUAGAAUUAGUCUAAAUAGUUUAUUAGUAUUUGACGGUUUUGCUAUGUAGUCAUCGGAUGGCUCGACUUAUGGAGCCAUAUCCAUAGUUAUCUAUAAAUGGUGUAUUGACACGUGUCUUGCAAU